AUGGCGCUCAAGAAGCGCCUGGGCCUUGGCAGCUUGAUGCGCAAGCGGUCGUCCCACGAUGCCACUGCCGAGUCCAGCGCCGACACGCCAGAAGCGAACGCAGCCCGCGGUGUUAGGCUGUUCUGCGAAAGUGCCGCCGCCAACUCGGGCGAAGAAGUGCUCCACCUGCCCACCAUCGUCGAGUCGGCUGUUGCGAGCCCAGCUGCAGCCGCGGCCGCCGCUUCCCAAAUCCGCAAGUUCCUGUCCAAGGAGAACUACUCGCGCCCCCAUAUCCAGUACAACGCGGUCAUGCUCAUCCGCAUCCUCGCCGACAACCCGGGCGAGUCCUUCACCAAGAACCUCGACAAGCAGUUCGCCGACACGGUCAAGAACCUGCUGCGGAACGGACGCGACCCGAGCGUGUCGCAGAUUUUGAAGGAGACGCUGAAUAAUCUAGAGCGCGACAAGGCAUAUGACACAAAUCUGAACACGCUCUUCGGCAUGUGGAGGAAGGAGAGGGGGCUCAUGGAACAUGCGGCGAAGCAGACUGGUCCCCGGAGGCUCAACGCGCCCCAAUAUAAUGGUCAGCACAUAGAAGGCGGCUUCAGCUCGGGUUCAGGCAGGUCGUCAUCCCGGCAGCUGCCCUCUCCAGCAGAACUAGUCGGGCGCAUCGAGGAAGCUCGAACGUCCGCGAAGCUCCUCCUGCAGCUCGUCCAGUCUACGCCUUCGAACGAGCUGCUGAACAACGACUUGAUCAAGGAGUUUGCAGAGCGUUGUACAACAGCACAGCGCAGCGUCCAAGGCUACAUCGCAUGCGACAGCCCCCCGCCCGACGACGACACGAUGCUUACCCUCAUCGAAACCAACGAGCAGCUGUCACUUGCAGCGUCCAAGCACCAACGCGCCGUGCUUCAGGCCCGCCGUCUCAUGAACCCUUCGCCGCCUUCUUCUCUGAACCAAGCUAAUGGCAACAACGUACCGGCAGGUGUGCCCACACACUCGUAUGAAAGUCCACCGCUUCCUCCACACAGCAAUGCCUCUUCACCAGUUUACGCCCAACCAGGUUACGCUCAACCGGGCUACGCUCAGCAAGGGUACGGUCAACCAGGCUACGCUCAACCGCCGGCUCAGGUUCCUGCAACGUACAAGAGCGACGAGUCGACAAGUCCUCCACCCCCUCAGGCAGCGACAUACCAGCCACGCGCUGCCUCAAUCCCCCAAAGAGAGGAGGAUCCAUUUGCGGACCACUACACAACAACCUUUUCACCGUCCCCAGGUCCCCCGCAAAAUCCCAACCCCAGCGGUCAGGCAGGUUCUCUGGCGCCCUACCACCCAGGAUUCCAGUCCACGCCGUCAUACCUGCACCGCCAAGAGAGCUCUGCAAACAAUCUGACCAUGCACGGCGCGCAGCCUUCGAUUACAGAAGAUGACGAGAACGCACGAGAUUACCCGCCUGUUCCGCGACCACGCACGCCACCAACGAUGCAACAAGCGCACGAUGUGUCGCCAGUCGCGGAUCGAAACACGGUCACGUACAGGUACUAG